UCUUAAUUAGCUUUCACAUUAAAUCUACAAUUCGCCAUUUUGUAGUCUAAAUAAAUAUACAGUCUCGGUCGCUCGUUAGUUAAAUUUAAAAUCAAACUAAAAACGUAAGUACGUUCGUAUAAAUAACCAAUAAUAAGUAUUUAUAAUUAAAAUAGUGAUUUAAAAAUUCAAAUCUCCAAGUCUGAGUAAUUAAAAAAUAAAUUAUCAUCACGUGAUCUAUGUGACGCGGAAUUUUUUUUCCGUUACCAUCAUCAUCAGCAAAGUGUGUGUUGAGUGAUUCACUUUUAUAUAUACAUAUAUUUUUUUUAUUAAAUGUUUUAGUAGAGGAUGCGCAGAUGCUAUUGAGGACUAUGAUAAAAUAAAAUUAUUUGGUUUUUAAAAAAAUAUUCAUUUAUUUUAUGACAUAUUUGGUUUUGGUGACGUUUAGAAAUUCAAGAUAAAGUUAUUUAAAUAUUAGAGGUAAUCUUUUUUAUAUAUAAGAAAAAAUCAUGGAAAUCGAGGUCCCGGAAUUCACAUCUAAGGAUGAUGAGAUCCAAUAUUGGAUGGAUUUGGCACAACAAAUGUUUCAGAGGAAAGAAGAUGUGGAACAAGAGCUAGCGGAGUAUGAAGAAAAUUCAAAAAUGCUGGAAAAAGAACUGGAGACAGCGCUGGAGCAAGCUGAGAACACAAAUCGCGAGUUAAGACAGCGGAACUCGCGACUGGCCACUGAAGUCGAACAGUUGAGGUCACGAAUGGAUCAGCAGGCGGUGGAUUGUUCAGUUUUUCAAACACGGGCUUCGGAAUUAGAGGGCCAACAUGAUCAGCUUGUUAAAUAUAUCCGGGAGUUGGAGCAGAAAAAUGAUGAUUUAGAACGUGCCCAUCGAAUAAAUCAAGCAUCCGAAGAAGCCAUAGAGGCCAAGUUCAACUCAGCAAUUGAAAAAAACGCUCUAUUGGAAUCGGAGCUUGAUGAGAAAGAGAAUCUCAAAGUUUUAGUUCAAAGACUGAUGGAUGAAAAUAGAGAUCUUAAACAAGAGAUCAAACGCGUCAAGAGACACCUCCCCGAUAACGACAAAUCAGCAGCAGAUAAAGUCCGUGCGUUAAUGGACAGCAACAAACUCCAAGUAGAACUCGAGACCAACUCGCCUGUUAUCACACCUCUGUCGCAGCAAAACAUACCGCCGACUCAUGCAACGCCAACGCCAUUCAAACUUGGCAAUGGCGUUGGAAACGUUAUCAACAAUAAUAACAACAAUAACAACAACAACAACAACAUGAACAUGCCAAUGGCGCCUUCAUCUCGAAUACAAGCGAUGAAUUUAAUCGGCGAUUUAAUGAGACGAGUUGGGGCUAUGGAGAAUAAACUGAACACAUGCAGGAAUGCGUCGCGAGAGGAUCAAGCAAUGAGAGAUUUGUACAGGACAACAACAAUCAGACGACAGGUGCGAAGUCUUGCAUCAAGAAAUAACAAUCACAUAUGACUGUAAAGUAAUCAACGAGUUAUCAAAUAAUUAUUUUACUUCUUGUUUAAUUCCAGUGUUAAUUAUAUUAUUUUUAAAGAAAGUCUAUAUGAGGCAAAAGACUCAAUUAUUAAUACUUUUUAAAUUUAAUUAAUUUUUAUGUCACCUGCAUUAAAACUCAGAAGAAAAAAAUCUGUCUAGCUGCUGAAUCAAUUUCUCAAAGUCCUACCAGAUUCUUAAUGUUUAUUAAGUACAGAAUAAUUAAAUAAUUAAUUAUAAUUGAUCUUUACUUGUCUCGUUUCAAUUGACUCUAGACAUUUAAGUAAUUUUAUAAAAAAUCUAGUGUGUGUGAGAAACAAACUCGUCUGAAAUCGACUCGUUUUAUUUCUCGCUUUCUUUAUAAUAUAUUGAAAUAUAAAAUGUACAAUUUUAGGAAACGCACUUUGGAUUUAUUACACAAAAAAUUAAACAAAAAAAAGGAAUUUGGUGACGUAGCUCUAGAAAUUAUAAGACUUCGAUAAUUGGGACAUUUCAAUGGUAAUUAAAUUAAAAAUUAUGUGUUAUAUAUUAAAUAUGAUGAGUAAAUUAAAAUGCUUAGCAUAUUUAUUACAGUAUCAAUAAUUGGGUCUUUUACUUUAAAAUGUUGCUUUAAUUUUUUAAAAGCUUAGAUAAUUAAAGGAAAAUUUAAAAAGAUCGCGAUUGCUUGUAAUGAUUUAGGGCCACUUUCUACAACCGGAUUUUUUGUUAAUCUAGGUUUGAUUUAUUAUUGCUAGUAUAUCUGUAUAUUAUUAAAGUAUAUACUAGCAAUAUAAAUUGAAACUCGGUUAAAUAUAAACCCGGUUUAAAAAACUGGCCCUGGAUAUUUUAAUUGUAAUUAAUGAAUUUAUUAUGAUACUGAAAUUAACCAAGGUCUAAUUAAAAAAAAAAAAUUUCAAAAUUGAACCUAUAGCUUUUUUAAUUUUCUACAUGUGCAUAUUUUUUUUUCGUCAUUUACUUGUUAAAAAAAAAAUCGGAAAUUGUUAAUUGUCUACUAACUUCAGGAUCAUAAUAAAUUACUAUUAUUUUAUAUUUAUUUAUAUUCCCGGGUAUAAAAAUAUCAAGUCAAAAAAAUAAAACUUUUUCUCUGCCGAAAAGGCCUAGGUAGUGAACACAAGCCCGAAAAAAGACUGGCUCAAUUUGUUGGUCAAUUUAUUUAGAAUAAAAAGAUUAGCCGACGUCUAAUAAUUUUAGAUUUUUUUUAAAAAGACAAGUUUAAAAAAAAAAUCAAAAAAUAGCACUUAUAGAUUUUUAAAUUUUCUAUAUGUACAUAUUUUUAGUUUGUUUUUUUUUUCUUAAACUAAACUUGAAAAAAAAAAAAUCCGGAAAUUAUUGUUUGCUAACUUCAGGAUCAUGAAAAUUUACGAGUGUGAAUAUAGCAGACAUCAGACAAAUUUUAAAUUAUAAAUAAAUAGAGUAAAUAAUUAAUAAAUCAAAAUUUUUAAAAAAUGCACUUACUAAUUUGAAAAUUUUUUAAAUGCGCAUUUUUUUUAAAUUUUAUUUUAUUAAUUAUUUACUCUAUUUAUUAAUAAUUUAAAAUUUGUCCGUCUGCUACAUUCACACUUUUAAAAUUUCCGCAUUUUUUCGGCCUCUACUAAUAAAAUUUCACGGCUUCAAAGUAAUUUCGGCCAAAUUUAGACUUUUUGAAGUAUUUUCAAUGAAAUAUUUUUACCCGGGUUAUAUACUACUCUGUAAUUUGAGAUAAAAAAAGUAAAAGUUAAUUGAUAAGUCAUGCUAUCAUUACACUGGUAACGAUCUCAUGAUUAAUUAUUAAUCAUUAAUUAUUAAUAAAUGUCUAUGUAAAUAUA